ACACUUCCUGUUGGCCAGGUUUUGAUUGUUUACUAUGGAGGUGACAGAUAACAACUUUCAAGAUGUACUGCCAACGUUCAAGAAAUGUUUGGGAAAAUGCGAUUUUUUGUCUGUUGACCUAGAAUUUUCUGGCUUAAAAAGUUAUCAAACCGGCCAAGAUUUUUUUGAUUCUCCUCAAAAAUACUAUGGAAAGCUCAGAGAAUCCGCCAGCAGAUAUAUACCUAUGCAAUUUGGCAUAUGCACAUUUAAAUGGGACAAAUACAAAGAAUCCUAUGAAUGUAAUAUUUUCAACUUUUUUAUUUUACCGCGUGAUGCUCGGUCUAGCCGACAUAUUGCCUCUCAGGAGAUUGGUUGUUUUUUAUUUCUCCGAAAGCAUCAGUUUGACUUCAAUAAAUGGUUAGACAAGGGUAUUUCUUGGCUUUCCCACGCAGAUUUUGAGUCGAUCUUACCCGGAGUUACAUAUAAGAAGAAUGACAGGAACGGCGAAAAAAAUGUCAAUCUCAAGCCGGGAGAUAAGGAAUGGCUCGAUACUAUUUACUCGAAAAUUGAUCGAUGGCUCGAGAUGACCGAGUCGACACGCCCUCGCUGUCCAUUGGUUCUCACACAAAACAUCGUACCGGACUCUUACAAGAGCUUCCUUAUUUAUCAGAACGUUCGAAAAAAGUAUCCCAAUUUAGAGGUGAAGCCUCUUUAUCUUAAGUCGCAGAAUGGCUCAAAGUGCAUCGAGAUACAGGAAUCGGCUGACAUACAGGCUACAGCCAGAUAUAUUGAUGAUUCUACAGUAGCCGACUAUAUCGGCUCUGUCGACAGAAAGUGUCCAGAUCCUAUUGAAAAACUAGAACAAGAAAUCGGUUUUCGACAUGUUAUAGACUUGAUGGUCGAUAGCAAAAAACCUAUUGUUGGUCACAAUAUGUUCCUGGAUAUAGCACAUAUUUAUCAUAGCUUUUUUGAGCCUCUACCUGAAGAUCCAGAUGAAUUUGCACAUAGUUUUCAUGAAAAAUUUCCAGCUGUGCUGGAUCUGAAAGUUCUGUCGAACUAUCACCCUUAUUUUUGUGUAAAUCCUGCUCCAAACACCCAGUUAAGCUGUCUCUACGAAGAAGCUCUCAGGGCAAUACCAGAGGCACUUCGCCCUCAAUUCUUUUCGAGCUAUAAUACGCAGAACGCCUAUAUAGAUUUUCUGCAGGCCAAGGGUAACAACGGUGCUCAGGUAACAAAUGAUCAAAGCGUUCAGGAAAAUGAAGAUCAGAAAGCACUAAACUAUCACGAGGCCGCAUUUGACGCGUUUAUAACAGGAGUUACUUACUUGUAUCUGUCUACUAUGAUUUCACGAAACCUUUCUUUCCAAACCGAGAAACUCGACAAUCCUGAUGAUAUGAAGAACGUGGUCGAUUGCCCUGUUCUGAAAAGUGAUAUCGACGAAGCUUCUAAAUCCAACGAAAAGACUAAGCUAAAUAUCUAUUUUCCUUCAGCGAACGAAGGCCCCGAUUCUUUCUCUUCCACUACAUCCGCCAAACUCGUACAUGGUAGCAACUUGGAACACCCUAUCUUGCCCACACAUCCUAUUUUUCGUUCCAUUUUGAACUCAAUUUACCUCUACUUUGCCUGUGCUGUGUUCAACCUCGAUCGUCCGCACACCUUGUUCGACAAAAAGAACAUUUUCAAAAUUUCAGGACUGAACAACGCAAUCAAAACGCCUCACAUUUUGUCCCAAUUUAAAGAAUUUGGCCAUUGCCGUGUUCAUUGGAUAAACAACGACAGUGUCUACGUGGAAUUUUUUGCGGAUCUCUCAAGCAAAGAUCGGAAAAACAUCAUCAAGGCAAGCAAAUGGAAGAUUCAAAAUUGCUAUGACUCGGAGCAGGAGGAACUGAGAGGUGAAAUGGAAGAGAUGCAAAAACAAAAAAAAGUGUCUCGAAAGAGACCGUUAGAGACAGUAUCAGACUUAUAUGAUGCAGAGGAUAGAAAAGAGCAUCGAAAGAUGUUUAAAAAAAAGUCAGCGUUUCCAGAAUGCAUUCUUAUAUAGUCGCUUUUUUGAUCGAAAAAGCACAAUUAUUUGAAGCAGUAAAUUUGUGUAACAUUAAAAGACGGCUGUGCAUGAGAUAAAAGGUCAUAAUUAAUGUGACCCUGUUGGGGCGGAAUUACGCAUAUUUUGUAUUGGAAGGGGUGCUUUUGUUUAGGCAGAGGGCGUCUGCCUUUGUAUAUACCGUGCUAUUUUUUGAGCUUUUUACUCACUUCGACGUUAGUUGGUCGCGAAUAGCUGGCGACUCUUUUGGGGUUUUCCGCUGCUUGCAUUAGGUGGAUGACUUUUUUGAAUGGUUUUCCCAGCAUCCACCUUUGUUGGCAUUCGCAUGGCCAGAGGUUCAGUAUAGAGUCAGUAGCUAGUGAACUUUCUUCUUGAGCGUUAUAGACAAGGUCAUCGAUUUUGAUGGUUGAAUUUGGGCACAUGGUUUUUCUGUUCAUCGAAAGAGGGUCUAGACUAGGUGGUAUUUUGAAUAGCCAGAGUUCUAUAUUGUCUUGAUUGAUGUCUUGGUAGUCAACCCUGGAUUUAAAAUUUUCUAUGACGGUCAUACUGGACGAAUGGUGGUUGAGAAAGUUGUCAGCUUCUCGGAGGCACGUGAGGGAAGAAUUUGGAAGUUGACGUACUUGAUUUGGUUGGGGAGUUUGCGGUCCGGUACGCGUUCGUCAUUUUCCUCACUCGAAAUGUCAAGUGGCGCUACGUCGACAUCUUCAUCGCCUUCGUAUUGUGCAGGUGACAUGGGAGCGGAGUUGCGAUGCGAUAAGGGGGCGUGUGAGAGUUACGCCGUUUUGAUUGCAGGGAUGAUCAGUGCGGGAGAUUUUGGCAAAGAUUAUUGAUAGCUGCGUGUGAAAGAGCUCGAAAAAAAACGUAAACAAAGGAAUAUCUGAUACAGUGAGGUUUUAAAGUUGCAAGGAUGAUACUGCUGAGUUACGCUUAUUCAGAGUCUUACGACGUAUAGUAGUCGACGGAGAGUUAAUAAUUUACCGAGUUUUUUAAUAGGAUGUUUAUUUUUUUUUAAGCAUUCAGAAGGAACGAUGUGUGUGAAAAGUUAGGAGGUUACUUUUUUGGCGGACUUAGCAGCGAUAGCCUUGAGUCUUUGUUGUUUGGCCUUGCGUUGCAUAGUCUUUUUGCUUAGUUUCAUACCGCCGGGGGUGUGCAUGAUCUUUUCAUACAUGUCGUUAUAUUUUUCUUUGGCUAUUUGGACCAGAUUGGAGAAGUCUGCUUUGUCUUGAGGACGAACUUCGACGAAUGCAAGAACAGCAGCUUUUUUCUUUUUUACUACGCGUCCAAGUCUUGCUUUAUCUUUAGUGAUAAUAUAGGGGAUACCUUUUUUUUUGCAUAGAGUGGGGAGCCAAAGGACGAUUUCGAUAGGAGAGACGUCAUUGGCGAUGACGACCAAUUUGGCCUGUUUCCGUUCGAUGAGUUUGGUGACCAAUCGGAUCCCGCACUUGACGGUAUAUGGGCGCUUGGUGUUAGACAGUUGACCGGUUUUGUCCAUCGCAGCUUUCAGAAGUCGAGCGCGCUUCGCCUGAGGGGUUUCGUGGCCGUGGUGGUCCAAAACGCGAAAAAGAGUCACGGCGGCGCUCUUUGGAAGAGUUUGGGUGAAUUGGUUGAUGGCGGGCGGCACCUUCAUACGCUUCAUCAGAAUAUUGCGCUGGCGCUGAAUACGGAUGUAUCGCGGCCAUCUCACGAAAUGUGUCAAGUCACGUUGUCUAGGUACGCGAAUGCCGACUGUGGAGACCUUUUUUGGACGGUAAAAAAGUGUAUCGCUGAAAUUGACUUGGGAUUUUUUGCCA